AUGGCUACUGAACAAUCCCAGGAUGCAUCCAGAGACUCCAGCCACCAAACCCAAAGCUGUGGACUCAGUGAGAGGAUCAGGAAAUUCAGACCCAAGGAAGUUUUCACCUGGCAGUUGGCCAGGACGUUGGCCAUGGGUCAGGGCCUGGCUGGGCUCAUCUGUGGGACGGCCAUCAGCUCCCAGUACCUGGCCACGAGCUUCCAUGUGAACACGCCCAUGCUGCAGAGCUUCUUAAACUACACUCUGCUGUGUGUCACCUACACCACCAUGCUGACCUGCAGAACAGGGGAUGGCAAUAUUUUACAGAUUCUGAAGAGGCGAUGGUGGAAGUACCUUCUGCUGGGACUGGUGGAUGUGGAGGCCAACUACGCUGUGGUUAAAGCAUACCAGUACACCACCAUCACCAGUGUGCAGCUGCUGGACUGCUUCGUGAUCCCGGUCCUGAUGUUACUGUCCUGGUGGGUUUUGAAGGCACACUACAGGCCGGUCCACUAUGUUGCCGUCUGCAUCUGUCUCCUUGGGGUGGGGGCCAUGGUGGGGGCUGACCUGCUGGCUGGACGAGACCAAGGCUCCACCUCAAACAUCUUGCUGGGUGACGGCUUGGUGCUGAUCAGUGCGACGCUGUACGCCGUGUCUAACGUGGGCCAGGAAUACACAGUGAAGAACCUGAGCCGGGUGGAGUUCCUGGGCAUGGUCAGCCUGUUCGGCACAAUCUUCAGCACCAUACAGAUGGUGGUCCUGGAACGGAAUGAAAUAGCUGCCAUCCAGUGGAGCUGGCAAGUCGUGCUCCUGUUCUCUGCCUAUGCGCUGUGUAUGUACGCUCUGUACAGCUGUAUGCCCAUAGUGGUGAAGCUGAGCAGCGCCACCUCCGUCAACCUCUCCCUGCUCACCGCUGACCUCUUCAGCCUCUUCUGUGGGAUCUUCCUCUUCCAGUACAAUUUCUCUGGACUCUACCUGGUCUCGCUCGUGGUCAUCCUCAUUGGCUUCGUCACCUUCAACGCUGUGCCGACACCCACUGACCGCAAAGAGCCCGACGCCUCUUCUUCCUCUUCCAUCUGUGAGGAAGGUUACUAUGACAAUUCUGUGGCCUCUCAGGAUGACAUCACAAAGCAGGAAGUGGCUGUGAGGAUCUCAGCUGAGGAGGAGGAGGAUGCUGUUGUUGUUGGACGCAGCACUAAAAUGUGA